GUUAACCGUGGACCGGAGGAGGAGGAGGAGAAGGAGGAGAAGGGCAGUAGGCGCCGAGCGACAGCGUUACUUCGGCUCCAUCUCCUUACUCUAAUCGAGGACGACCAAAGGCGCCGAGGACGGGCAUGCAAGUCUGGAGCCGCUACACCUGCAAAUGCAAGUCUCCCUCAAGUGCGUUGUUUGACCCGACGUGACUCGACUCGUGGAACGGACUCAACUCAUGGCAAAGAGGAUGGAAGGGAGCCUCAUGAGCAGCAGCAGCAAAGCACGGGCAUUGAUGGCGUCUGUCGCAGCAUGGAAGGAUUGAUCAAUGUUUGA